UCCACAAAGCUCACCUCCACCACCUCCACAAACAUCACCUCCACCACCUCCACGAAACUCACCGCCACCACCUCCACUAAACUCACCUCCUCCACCUCCACAACAUUCACCACCAGUGUCACCACAUGCACCUUCAAUGCUAAAACAUCCACCUCCUCCCCCUUCUCGGUCACCACCAUCCCAUCCGAGCACCAAUAGUUCCAGUAAUACACCAACAUUUUCAGAGCGUCUUAGUGGUGAGGGCAUUAGUGUUGAGGCCAACUUGGUACUUUCUUUAGUAUUUGGUUUAUUAGGAUUUCUUCUCCUGGUUGGAUGCUGUUGGAGAUGGCGAAAAAGAGGACGCAAUGGUGGUUACAUUGUGCCGACCUCUUCCCACGAAUCAGAUCCUGCAUUUUUGAAGUUCCGAAUGUCAAAACAUACAAACCGAAGUGGCUCUAGCAUAGAUAUCAUAUGUUCACCCCUUCAAGAUCCUGGUGGCUUCAGCAGGUCUAGGACGUGGUUCAGCUAUGAAGAACUAGUCCAGGCAACAGAUGGAUUUUCAGCCCAAAAUCUCUUGGGUGAAGGUGGAUUUGGGUGUGUGUAUAAAGGAACCUUUGCGGAUGGUAGUGAUGUAGCGGUUAAGCAGUUAAAGAUUGGCGGAGGGCAGGGAGAGCGGGAGUUUAGGUCGGAAGUUGAGAUAAUAAGUCGUAUACACCACCGCCAUUUGGUUACACUUGUUGGUUAUUGCAUAAACGAAAACAGAAGGCUGCUUGUAUAUGAAUAUGUUCCUAAUAAUAAUCUCUAUUUCCACCUUCACGGUGAAGGUAUGCCUGUUCUGAAUUGGGCUGUACGUGUAAAGAUUGCUCUGGGUGCAGCUCGUGGAAUAGCUUACCUUCACGAAGACUGCCAUCCUCGUAUCAUCCAUAGAGAUAUAAAGUCAUCUAACAUCCUUGUAGAUAGUAACUUUGAAGCUCGGGUUUCUGAUUUUGGAUUGGCUAGAUUAGCUUUGGAUACAAAUUCACAUGUUACCACACGUGUUAUGGGAACAUUUGGGUACAUGGCUCCUGAAUAUGCAUCUAGUGGCAAGUUGACUGAAAGGUCCGACGUAUAUUCAUUCGGAGUUGUGCUUUUAGAGUUAAUUACUGGACGCAAGCCUGUAGAUAAAUCUCGACCAUUAGAGGCUGAGAGCUUAGUUGAAUAUGCUCGACCUUUGCUAUCUCAAGCAAUUGUGACACAAGACUUCGAGAAGUUGGCUGAUCCAAGGCUUGAAAAGCAAUAUAUCGAGAGUGAGAUGUUUCGGAUGAUUGAAGCUGCAGCAGCAUGCGUGCGCCAUUCAUUUAUCAAGAGACCAAAGAUGGGACAGGUGGUGAGGGCAUUGGACACGAUGGCUACCACAGAUCUGACCAACGGAAUGAGAGUGGGGGAGAGCCAAGUAUUCAGCCCCAGAACGCAGUCUGCAGAAAUCCGACUGUUCCAGAGGAUGGCGUUUGGCCCUCAAGAUGAUAUUAGUAGCCAAUUCUUUGAGUAGUCACGCACGUCCAAGCAUUGGGCGUGGAUGGAAUAGCAAUGACUGUUGGGGCUGUUCCGCUGCUUCUCGCUAUUUGCAUGCACCAAUGUGUGUGUGUGUAAAUGGAAUAGAUGCUCGUUGCAUGAAGCAUAUUGAUAUGGAGAAGGAAGAGUUGUGGUCUUUUUCUUUUUUUGUGGGGAUGUUUGUUUCCUGUAUAAGAGAGAAUUGCCUUUUUGUCUAUCUUCUUAAACCUAUAUUUAUAAAGAGAAACUGUUUAUUUCA